AUGCGUUUCCUCAUAUCUGCCGACGAAACAGGUAACGUGAAAGAGGUGAUUUGUCAAGAAGGAACUGAUACUUCGCAAAAAGAGGGAGCUCAACCCGAACUCAUACGAAGCGUACUCGAGGCAUCUGAACAUGUUAAUGUCAAGAAUAGGGUCAGGGAGAUGACGAUGUUGAAAGAUGGGAGGUUAGCAGUUGCUCGUUUGAAUGGUUAUGUUGAUAUUCACGAUGUUUCAAAUAGGGAGUCCGAUGAUUUUGGGAAACUUCUACGCUCAUACAAGUUACAGGGUGAGGCCGGCGACAAGCCUAUUGCAUUGAUAGAACUUGAGUCUCUCAAUUUUAUAAUGGUGGCUUUUGAAUCGGGGUCUGUAUUCAUAAUUGAUGUUACGGAUGAUAUCGAGCCCAUUCAUAUCAUCCUUCCCUCAAGAACAAAAGAGAACAAUACUAUUAGUGCCUUUUCUAUGAAUCCGUAUUCGCCGGGAAUCGUGGCAUACGGUGGUAAGAAUAAUGAUCUUCAAGUAGCAAAGCUUUUUGAUUUGAAGCUUCUUGAAAAGGAUAGACAAAAACGGAAGGACCCCAGCUAUUGGAAGCCAAAGGUUCUCUUUCAGGCAGAGAACGUUGAACCCGACCAUCUCGGUUUAGAUGUACCGAUAUGGAUUACAGGCAUUCUUUUCCGCAAAAUGGAUCGCUCAAAAGGCUUCAGGCUUGUUACUUCGACAUGGUACGGUCAUAUCAGAGAGUACGAUACACUGAUUGAGCUGGAACCAGUUGCUUCCUAUAAAGUCUGCGAAAAACCUAUAAAUGCUUUGAAGUUUGCGACAAGCUCUCAAGAGGAUAUAGUGAUUGCUGAUACGCAUACUUUUGUUGCCAGGCUUUCACUCGUGAAGGUUGACGCCAAGGCUAUCCGCAUCGUUUCGGCCUCUGCGGGCACCUUUUACAGACCAUCCCUCAAAGUGCUCGGGAAAUACUCGCAAGGAGGGAACACAGGAGCGAUAAACAGUAUAGUUUCAUCUCCUUGUACAGAUGCAAUUGCCACAGGCGGCUUGGAUAGAUAUUUGCGGGUCUUUGACGUCCAAACACGAAGAUUACUUGCGAAAGUAUACCUCGGCACCCAGAUAGGUAGCAUUCUAUUCCUUGAAGACGAUUCAUCUUCGGCAAUUGAUAAGGAGUCUGUUCAGGAAGCUGAAGACCUCCAAAACGAUGAGGAUCUUUGGCAGCAACUUGAAGCGAGCGAGGAUAGCCAGGACAAGCCUCUAAUUACCAAGCGCAGAAGACGGGUUUAA